AUUGCCACACUUACAACUGUGUCACAUCGAAUAAUGUCGCCACGUGUAACAAUAAUUUCAUAACUUGACACAGACACAAGUACUCUUCUUAUUAGCAAUUAUCAAGAUAUUCUUUGAGGAAAAUGUUCACCAAAAUCGCAGACAAACCAAAAUGCGAGUCAGUUACGGCAGCACAGUCGGGAAAGAGCUCCCUGAGUUUGGAAUACACGAUAAAACCCAGCGACAAAUUUCUUCAUGUUUUCGAAUUAUCAAACACAUUUAGUACAAACACAAGCACUCUUCGUGACAAGGAAAUCAAGACAAUAGUAACAAAGAUGGAUAAAUUAUAUAAUGAAGUCACCAAGUCGAAAAACGCAACAUUAAAUGAUAUCAUAACUCUUGCAUACAGUUACCAAAAUUUAUGUCAUGGUUACAUUAAGUCAAAUCAGAAAGAAGGACUACGUAUAGGAAAAACUUAUAUUUUGCGUUGUUUAAAUUUGGUGAAAGGUAAAGAGCUGGAUCCCAAAUCUAUUUUGAUAGCUCUAAAAGGCCAUUUCCAGUUAGGUUAUAUUUAUUUUACGCAAAAGAAGUCAGAAAAAGCUCUACAAACAUGUAAUAAAGCUAUAGAAUUAUAUUUGACAUAUACAGACGAUAAAGAAAAGUACGGUAAUCCUAUUAAUUUUGAAAAUAUUAUCACUAAGCUAUCGGUAGAUGGCUAUUACUUGAUAAAUGGAAUAUAUAGAGAAAUUUUAAAAUUAAUACUGGAGUCAUAUUUAAAUAUAGAUGAUCACUACUUUAUAGUAUACUCUCAUUUGCUUUUAGCAGUUGAUUUAAAUACGUUACAAGAAACAGGAAAACAUCAUAUGUGGAUUCAAUCAGCAAUGAAAAUAUGUGUUUAUUUAGUAAAACACGACCGUUUCGUAGAAGCCAGGAACCAUAUUAUUACUGCAGUUUAUGUGAAAAACAUAUUUCUUCAUGAAAUGCCUUGUAAUAUGAAAGAGCAGGCAAUUUUCUCAAAAAAACUGAACUGGAAUAAAUUGGACUUAAAAUUGAAAAUAUUACUUAUUAUACCGCCGAUAAGAUACGAGAUUAAGGUUUUGCGUAGAUCGGUGGAACGAUUGCUGCGAUUAGAAAAAGGCGAAGAAUUUGAGAUUGAUAACUUAAAUUCAGGACAUCCAACAAAAUUGGAGGGAGAUAUAUCACAGAGGUUAUUACUAUUCAAUGAUAUAGAUAUAGAAAUUGCAUUCACGCAUAUAAAUCCAUCCCUACCGGUUAAAUACAUUUCACAUUAUAACGAUGCAUAUAAAAUAUUUACCAAUAUCCUGUGGAAUGUUUCCAUUGCGAGGAUUUUUUUUUAUACAUGCAGGAAUGUAAGGGAAUACGGAAAACUCAUAUUAGACACUUACGAAGCAUACAAAUAUAUGGCAUUCUAUGUGAAAGACGUAACUAAUCGGAGCUUACUACAAAAUAUGAUGGUAAAUCUUUUAUCGGACGGUGUAGAAAACAAAGAUAUAUUAAAGCAUGAACCUGUUCUGUACUCUAAUAUUAAAUUACACCUAGCGAUUUCUUAUUCAUAUUUAAUAGAUGUACAACUUGAAAAUUUGGACGCAAUUCAUCCAUUAUACAUGCCACAAAGACAUAAUGCAAUUGAGCUUGAAAUUGAAUGUCUUGUAAAGGAUGCUAUGAAGAGUUUAGAAAUGAAAAUCGCCAUGUCAAAAGAUGAUUACACUCACAUGAUGAGCCAAAUUGAUUAUUAGUUCCACAUGGAUAGAAACAUAUGCAACGAAGUUCAUCGCCGUUAUAUUGAAAAUAAAGAAAAUAUGAGAUUAUUAAUGUUUAUAACAUUUAGUUUAAUGAAAGAGAUUUUUAAUAGAAAAUACAAUAUUACAACAUUUUUAUUUGUGCGUAUAUUGAACUAAUUAAUAUUAUGUGAUAAGUUGGUAAAUUUUACAAAAAGGUUUGAUAUGAUUAUAUAAGAUAACUCAAAAUAUCUAGAGAUCAUCCUGGAUGUUUUCAAAAUGUCUUUGGGAAUUUUACAUUCUAAAAAUCUUCUGGACAAUUCAGAGAUAUCUUUUGCUAUUUAAAUAUUUACUUGAUUAUAAACAAAAAUAAGAAAUAUUUAAAUAGAAUUACUGCAUGUCAGUAAGUCAAUUCCGUCAUUAUAAAAAUUUUACAAGAAUAAUAUGUAAUAUAAGAACAUAAAAUGUAUAUGUUUCUAAUCAACAAGUUUAUUAAAAUAAGCUCCCGUAAAUACUUACUAUACACAUGGACGGCUGUAUGUUGUAUUUUAAACUUGUUUAACUUAUUAUAUCAAAUAAUUUAAUUUUAGAAUAAUUUAUUUGAAUCUGGGAGUUAAACCAAGUUCAUAACAAGUUUGUUACAUAUUAUGCCAUUUAUAUAUAAGUUCUUAAAAAAUAUGUUCCUGUAUUUUGAGAAAAUCUUCAUAAAAAAAAUUGAAAAUAUAAAUGUAAAUAAAAUUAAAUAAUAAAUAGGUUAUAACAUUA